GCAGAUUCCAGUACCCUACCUACAUCUGGGUAAGGUUUUCGUCGUUUACUCGCGUCACUCGAGUCGACUCCAUUGCCGAGUUUACCCGGGUGAAACAUCCCGAACGGUCCGAGUAGUCACAUGACAUCAAAACAGUUACGACGUCAGUAUGUGAUCGAGAGACAGGCUUUUUUGCGUAUAGGACGCCAUUUUGUCACGUGACAAACCCUUUUACUCUCCACUCAACGGGGAGUAAACCGGUUAGUCACCUGAUGCGACUCCGAGUCAGUCAUGUGACCAACUCGAUUCAAAACGCGAACGGUCUGGUGUCGACUCGAGUGACUCGGGUGAACAACGAAAACCUUACCUAGCUAGAUGUAGAGUUACGGAACCUGCCGAGGUUUGCCGACUGCGGUACCCUACAGUUAGAUUCGUAGAAUCUGCCGAGGUUUGCCGAAUGUACGUUAGAAUAGUAGACGUCAUUGGUUGUCACUCUCACAGAAAUAUAUAAAUUUAUAAUAUAUUUCUAUGGCCACUCUGGUUAUUUUUACUCCGUGCCGCGCAUCAACCCCUGCUAACAUGACAACAAUGCCUGUUAAACUAUAGACUUUAACUGUCCAGGCAGCGGAAGAGUAGUCUCGGUCACCCAAGAAGAGAGAGAGAGAGAGAGAGAGAGAGAGAUGGGGUUUAACGUCCACUCACCAUGGUGAGAUAGGGUAAGUUGGCUACAAAGAAAACAAAUGUUUAUAAAACAAACACAAUUAUCAAUUCAAAACAUUGGUCGGUCUUCUGUCUUGGUUCGAUUGGUCUUUGACGGAGGGGUAAUGUUUCCAAAAAGUAUAUUCAUCACGUGACACAAUACGGCGCCCAUCUUUCGGCAAACCUCGGAAGACUCUGGUAUCCGAAUGCGGCGCCCAUAACAACAACAGGUGCGAGAUGUAAAUAGCAACAAGAUAAAGAAGAUUGUACGGCAUUAUGUGAAGUUUAGAGGCGAAAGAAGUAGGAUAUCUGUCAGAUUAUUUGGUUUACAGUUGAUCUAUAAAAAAAUAAACAACAUAAAAUGGCUUCUUCAGAAUGUGAUGAAGCACCUGUACAGUCUGGUAACACUGUGGGUAUUUUAAGCAAUGUUGCUGAAAGUAGUGUUACUUUUUGUGUUGAUACAUCAGGUAGCAUGUUCAACUGUUUACACAUGGUUAAAGAACAAUUAGUAGAGGCUUUAUAUAAACAUACAAAACAUUCCAGUGAAAAUGCAUUAUUUAACAUCAUAGAAUUUAAUACAUACGUGACACAGUGGUCAGAUAAGAUGGUGAAAUGUACUCCUGAAACAGUGUCUGUGGCAGCUAAAUGGAUUAGUGAGCUUAGUGCUAAAACUGGAACAAACACUCAAGAUGCCUUAAUUACUGCCCUUAGCGAUCCUGAUUGUAAAGCAGUGUAUUUAAUUACAGAUGGAUUACCUGAUCAAAAUCCAGAAGACAUAUUAGAUCAAGUUGUUUAUGCCAGUGGUAAUCGACCAGUACAUUGUAUUUAUUUAAUGGGUGAAAAGGUUGAUAGUGCAUCUAUAGAAUUUUUAGAAGAUCUUGCCAUAGAAACUUAUGGGAGUUUCCAUGUUGCCAGUUUGACUAUUAAAGGUUGUGUUGAGAAGGUGACUCCAGUAUAUAUAUCCGAUCAUGCUAAUGUUAUUAGAACAAGUAAUGACAGUAUUUUACCUAGAUCUAAAAGGUGUUCUGUAACUACCACAUUAGCCAUGGAUCCAACAGAAAGUGUCCACCUCAAUUCUACUGUGGCAGCCCCAAUUUACUAUCCAUAUAACUUCUCGCCAUUAUCUGGUUUUCGUUACUAUAAUCCCUCGUAUUGGAGUCAAUAUCGACCAGCUAAGGGCUGGUUAAAAACCCAAGAUAAAUUACUUGAUGUCGCUCAUGACAUAGAACUGUCUCCAGCAGCAGGAGCUCUUUUGAUUGGCAAAAAAGUUCUAGCCAGAAGGCAAAGUGAUGGUUAUUUUUAUCGGGGAACUGUACAGAGCCAGGUUUAUGAGAGUAAAUUCUUGGUUGCAUUUGAUGCUUGUAAAUAUGGUAAAUAUAAAAACACAGUAUAUCAAGAAACAUUGGUACAUGAUAUAUUAGAUUAUGAGGAUGCUAAAAGACGAGCUGUACUAACUGGAGAUAAAGUUUUAUCCACAUGGGAACCAGAAGGAGAGAGGUUCGGACCUGGUGUUAUAAUUGAUGGCUUUGAAAAAAGGGACACUGAAGCAGGUCCCGAAGAUAAAAUUAUAACAGUUGCUUUUAGAAACAGUAAAACAGAGAAUGUAGCCUUAGAUACAGCGGUAUGGAUUCCGGAAACUAUGUAUGAUAGAUUAGCCCUUGAGUUGACCAUGCCUCGUCAUACCAGAGAAAAACUGGCCACUAGACCUAAUUAUCCAUUAGAAAAUUUACCAGGAUACCCUACAUCCGGCCCAAUAGCUUCACCCCAACACUACCCUAAACCUGCUGCCUUAGUUCUUGAAUCUGGGAUGCCCUUAGAUAGAACACUGUAUAGAUAUCCACCAUUUGCUCCUGUCUGUCCUGUAUAUUUAAAACGUAGGGACCCACCGUUAACAAAAUCAGUCGUAAAAAGUGAAGAUAUUAAUGCUCUGAUACCUGGAACUAAUUUAACCAAACAAGAAUUGGAAGAUAGAGUCACUUCCCAGUUGAUGGAGCACAAGCUUUUCUUAGAUGAAAAAGAAAAUGAAAAGGGUAGUAACAGAAGGUUGUUGAAUCGACGCGAACCUCAAGUUGUCAACAGUUUAAAGAAAUCAGUAACAUUUAAUGAUGAAAAUUUGGUAGAAAUGUCUGCCACUCCUAGAGAUGAGUCAGUACCCCGAUAUGGUGAGAUGGAGUUCACCGAUUCUGAUGGUAAUAUUAUCUACAGAAAUAGAGAUGGUACAAUUAGAUAUAGAGAUGGUAAUGUGCGAUAUAACAGCAGUGGUAAAGCUGAAUAUAGAGACAAAGAAGGUAACAUCAUAUAUAGGGGCAGAGAUGGAACAAUAGAAUAUAGAGAUACAGACGGAAAUGUAGAAUACAGAGACACUGCUGGUAACAUUGAAUAUAGAGAUAAUGAUAGCAAUGUCAGAUUCAGGGACAGAGAUGGUAAUGUUGAAUAUAGAGAUAGACAUGGUAAUAUUGAAUACACUGACAGAGAUGGUUUUAUUGAAUAUAGAGACAGGGAAGGUAAUGUUGAAUAUAGAGAUAGGCAUGGUAAUGUAGGAAUCCGAGAUGAAGAGGGUAAUGUAAGAUAUAAAGACAGAGAUGGAAAUGUUACUUAUAGAGACAGGAAUGGAAAUACAAGUUAUAUAGACAGAUAUGGUAAUAUUGAAUAUAGAGACCGACUUGGUAAUGUUGAAUAUAGAGACAAUGAAGGUAAUAUUGGAUAUAGAGACAAGGAUGGAAUCGUGAAAUACCAAGAUAGUAAUGGUAAUAUCAAUUAUCAAGAUAGCAAUGGCACCUUGGUAUACAAAGAUAGAGAUGGAAAUACAAGAUACAUUGAUCGAUAUGGUAAUAUUGAAUAUAGAGAUAAUACUGGUAAAGUAGAAUUUAGGGAUAGGGAUGGAAAUGAAGGAUAUAGAGAUAAUGAUGGUAUUGUUAAGUAUAAAGAUAAAAAUGGUAACAUAAGAUAUAGAGAGAGGGAUGGUACAUUAGUGUCUGUGGACAAGGAUGGUAAAACGACCUAUAUUAGAGAUUCUGAGUAUGAUGGUAACUAUGAAGAUCCCAGUAGGGAAUAUACAGAUGACGAAAAAAGAUUACAUGAGAUAUUCUUAAAAAGUACUGAUCCAGAUCUAACAGAAAAUGAAAGACAAUAUUGGAAAUCUGUUUAUGAUGCAGAAAGGCGAGCAAAAGAUAUUGGUGUUAAUACAGACUCAAGUUCAUUAUUCUAUAGGAGACCAAAUAAUAGUUCAAUUAGUAAAAGACCACCAUGGAAAUAUUGGAAGUGUGAACCAAGUCCUCCUCUUCUUGAUACAAGUACCGAAAGAGUUGAAGACAGAAUGAGAACUGUUGAUGGUUUUAGAGAAACUGCUAUACAAGCUCCAUUAGAAGCUCGAGAUCUGGCAAGACCUUAUAAUAGUAUUGAAUGGACAAGUCCAGUAUUUAGUGUUGUAGAUAUGUUUGCUAAACAUGACUACUCUAACUCAGUAAAUCAAUUGUUAAAGCCAUGUCUACUUUCUAAAAGUAAUCCUGAAACACAACAUGCUAAUGAUGGUGAUGUACCUAGAACUGUAACUAAAGAUGAUAUAGCUGAAGCUAGAAGAGAAUUUAGAUUAAGGAGGAUUAUGCAAAGACAUAAAAAUUGGCAGGAGAAAAAAUCUGAAGAGCAUAAUAUGAAGAAUCUGAUGGUAGACCAGCAUAGACAACGAAUUAUUGAACAUUUAACGCAAGAAAAAGAAAAACAGUUACAUGAACAACAAAUGAUCGAAAGAGCUAGAGAAGCUAAGAAAAAUAUCAGUGCUGAAAUUCGUUUUAGAAUAGAGACAAACCAAAAACAUGAAUUAAGUAAAGAAGAACAAAGAAUAACAGCUCUUAGCAGACAACGGGAACAUAGAGAAGCUCAUCAAGCACAAAGGGCAAAAGAAGUGAAAGAUAUAGCAGAAAGACGUCAAGCUGUCAGAGAACAACGUAGUAAAGAACGCAAUGAUGUCAUCACCGUGAAGCUAGAUGCUGAGGAAGCUUACAAACAGUCAGUUAAUCAACAACAUCAGGGUGCUAAAAUACGACGCAUGCAUCAUUUUCAACAAUUAGAACAAAAUGCACAGAAAAGAACAGAACUUAGUCUCGCUGUUAAUGAACAACGCAGAGCUUUACAGAUAUCUCAAAUUUUUUCUUAGAAUUCAGUCACAUUAUUCUAGUGGUACCGUAAAUCUGUAAUAUACAUGGAGUGAUAAUUCUGUAUGUCUAUUUAAAACCUGUCAAUUUCAGAUCACAAACUUAAGUGUAUUUGAAGGUUAUAGUAUGUUUGUUUCUGCUCUUAGAAGUCUUGAGUGUGAAUUGAAAUGAGGUAUGAACCAGUUAUCUGUGUUCACUACCCAGCACAUAAACAGCAUAGCUGUCUACUAAACCACUAGUCUGGUUCUACAUUCAAGACUUAGUAAACUCACAACCCAUUCAAGACUUAGAAAACUCACAAUCCAUUCUCAUUCCUUAUGUCUGAUGUUUGCUUAAUAUAUAGUUAAUAAGCCUUAUCACUUGCAAAUACCAUGCCGAGAACAUGAAAAAUAUAAUUUGCGUCUGGUAUUUACAUGUUUAAAUUGGUAAUAAAGAAUUUAACUGGUGACAUUUUUGUUGGUCACCAAUUAGUUGAACAGUGAGGAUCACCAACUGUAGUAUAUUUUUCUAUUACGAGUUCAUGGCAUGUGUUUACACUCUGUAUACAAUAUCUAUAUAGUCUAUCAAAUGUUAUUUACAAGUGGUUAAUUGAUCAGGUAAUCACAGCCGCUAACGAACACUAGGAGAGAGGUAAUAUAGGCCUAGCCUGUUCCUCAAUACUUUUCUGUGAAUAAAAUAUUGUUUAUAUACAAAAAAGAACACACUAUUUUAUUACAAUUUGAUACAUAAUGGUGUUAAUAACUGUUACUUGUAUUUCACUCCAUUUCACAUACAAUCGUCUUUAUUGCAAGAGUUUCAUAUACAGGGUUAAUAUUCUCAAGUAAUACAUACAUAUAUACCCAUUGUAAUUGUUUUAUCGCAAGUCUAAAACAGAGUGCAACUUGCACUGUAGUGUGCCUUUUAAGGCUAAAGAUAUUUUAAGUACAACCAAACGGCUUUUGCACUUCAAAGAAAAUAAUUGCAAUGGUUCCCUUACUAAAACAAAAUUAUUCUUUUGUGGAAUACAUCGGUUAUGUUUGGUAUGGUUUUCGCUUAGUUCAAUGAAACGUAAGCAACAAAAACAAUUAAUCAUCUUUAUGAAUAUAGCCCCUGCAAAAUUUGGCCCAAUUUAGGGCAAUUUAGUAACUGUUCUGUUGUAGCUAAAAUGGCUUCAGUAAAAAUAUACAUCUCUUGCUCGGUUCAUGUUAUCGUAGUUCUGUCAGAUUUAUAAAUCCUAAAAUUACUGAAAGAAGCUAAUGACCAAAUAAAACUGACAAACUAUACAUUUAUUGGUGAUUCCUCACAUUAAAGAUUCUAAGAGUGCUGGAUUGGUCAAAUAGAGUACAUGUAAUGUUAAAAAUAUUAUGAAUUGGAUGAUUUAAUAAUGAAUAUUUUAUCCACUUCACACAACGGCAGGGGUUUAAGAAACUCUUGCAUUUUUUUUUUAAACUUUGUAUUCUCGAAGAAUUAACAGACAAAAGCACCAAGAUAGAAAUUGUUAAAGAUUCCCUCCAAGAUCUGUGAUACAUUGUUUGUUUUUGAAUUAUUAUUAUUUUUUUUUAUUGCCAUUUUUGUAAGGGGAGAAAUAUCUAUCCUAUAUUGAUCAGGUAGGUCCCUAUUUAUUAUAACAAAAAUUAUAUAGACUCCCUUUAAGUUUAACUGUUCAGACUUGUUACAAUGUUAGGGUGACCCACCAUAAAUAAAUAUCUCCAUAUAUCUCGACAAUUACGCCACAAUAUUUAUAUAUAUGCCAAGCCUCAAAUCAGUUUCACACAAUUAUAGUCACUAAAUAAACGAUCAUAUUGUACUUAAUAAGCUAUGACCAUUAAUCAUGUAUAAAUAAUAGACUGAAAACUGGUUCCAAGAGUCGUCCGUAACAUCCAGACACUUUUGAGUAAAAGAUAGGUUACGUGCCCUUGUUUUGAAAUUAGUCUCGCUUAACCAGUCUAUCGUCCAUUCUACGUCUGAUUGACAGGUCGGGAUAAUCAAGACUACUUUUUUACGAAACAUAACAGAAAGCUAGAACGAGAAAUUGAAUUUAGAAAUAAGCACGUUAGGUAGCUCAACAAUCGUUUUAAGAAGCUUGUAAAAGUAAAAUGAAACUACUGCUAGUAUCAUGUUCCUGUCUAACCCGAGUGAUUCAGAGAUAUUAUUUGUACUAAACCAAAAGAUGCCGCUCUUAACGGUACAGUUAAUGAUAAAGCGAUUUAAAAAAUGAAACGAACGUAAUUUCUAAAUCUGCUGUAAUAACCAAGAAGCUUAAUUUUACUGCUAUUCAAAAUCGUCAACAAUAAUUUUUUUACGGCUGUAAUAGUUGAUAGAUUUGUAGAGAAUUGCACGUGCCAUGGCUAUUUAUAGUAUCAUACUGUUAGAAAGUUGGUCUCGGCACGGCGAAUGUGCACGCUUCAGUGGUAGUCUCGAACUAUCAGCGGUGGACUGUAUUUCUGUGAGUACAUGGAUCACCCUAACAAUGUAUGAAAUAAAGCCACAAAAGAUAUUAAAUGAAAUGAAGAACUAAGUUAACAUUUAACCCUACCUACAUGAUUGGUCAACCUUGUAAAUUAUUAAUUAUUCGUAUUUUACCGUGCCAAUCCUUUUGGUAUUAUGAUCAUUUAGUGCCCUUAAUAUAUUAUACAUAAUUAGUAUUUGCUUGUGAUACAAUUUUUAUGUACAUACCAUUUAUUGUAAACUUUGAUAGUAUUGAUCUCUAGUGAUAUAAUUAUAUAAAUUAUAACAAGAAUUACUUGUCUAGUAAAUGAAUAAAAGAUGUAUGUUUAGUACAUGUAACCUUUGUAUAUUUCUUCCAUUUUGACAAAAAAAUGUAUUGUUAAAUUUGUUACUUAGCUCAACUUCAGUUAAUAAAUCUUUCUAUUUAAAA